UUGAUGACGUCAUCGCCCUUACUGGGACGUUUGUUUGACGCGACGAGACGUCCAAGAUAGGCAACAUUCAACAACAAAUAGCUUCUUUUUUUUAAUAUUACUGUGUUACUUUACUCGGUAGUUAGGCGUUUAUUUCGAUACGUAACACUCGCUUGUUAAUUUAAGGUUGGAAAUCACUUUCUUGGAUCAAGAUGUCGUACAUGUUGCCACAUCUCCACAAUGGCUGGCAGGUGGACCAAGCCAUCCUAUCUGAGGAGGACCGAGUCCUGGUCAUCCGCUUCGGACACGACUGGGACCCAACGUGCAUGAAGAUGGACGAAGUUCUUUACAGCAUCGCUGAAAAGGUCAAAAACUUUGCGGUCAUUUACCUCGUGGACAUUACAGAAGUGCCCGAUUUCAACAAAAUGUACGAGUUGUACGACCCCUGCACCGUCAUGUUCUUCUUCAGGAACAAACACAUCAUGAUUGAUCUGGGCACCGGUAACAACAACAAGAUCAACUGGAUCAUAGAGGACAAGCAGGAGAUGAUAGACAUUGUUGAAACAGUGUACCGAGGAGCGCGGAAAGGAAGAGGCUUAGUGGUGUCUCCCAAGGAUUAUUCCACUAAAUACAGAUAUUGAUUUUAUUUUUUUUCC